ACUGAUUUUGUUUCAGCCCAGUUUGUGUAAAUGUCUGUGUCCAGUUUGUCCAGUUUGUCUGUCAGUGUGGCUCCCUGGUGGAUCGGCUGUUUGAGGCUGAGACUCAGGUGAGUCCAGGUUCCUGUCUGACUCUUGUCCACCUGCGACAGGUGAUGGUGUCAGGAUGUCUGAAGGGAGGCAGCGAACUUUGUCCACCUCUGGAGAGUCUCUGUAUCAGAUCCUGGGUCUGGAAAAAGGCUGCAGCCAUGACGACAUCAAGAAGUCCUACAGGAAACUGGCGCUGCGGUACCACCCUGAUAAGAACCCGGAGAACCCGGAGGCAGCAGAGAAGUUUAAGGAGCUGAACAGCGCCCACGCUGUCCUGUCCGACCUGACCAAGAGGAACAUCUACGACUCGUACGGCUCUCUGGGUCUGUACGUGGCCCAGCAGUUCGGAGAGGACAAUGUCAACACCUACUUCAUGCUGUCCACCUGGUGGGCCAAGGGUCUGUUCCUGGUGUGUGGCGUCCUGACCGGCUGCUACUGCUGCUGCUGCCUCUGCUGCUGCUGUAACUGCUGCUGCGGGAAACUCAAGCCCACGCCCACAGGUGAGGGGGCGGAGCCAGACUAUGUCUCCCCCGACGACCUGGAGGAAGAGAUACGCAACGACCCAGACAAUGACGUUGAGACUCCGAUUGUUCAGCAGCCGACCAAUGCCAGCGAGAAAACUCAGCUCAUCACCGACGGACACCGCAGAUAUGGAGACACCUACACAUGAAGCUGACAGUAAAGGCAUCACAGCUGAAACAGUUGUUUAACUCAGAGACUGAUCAGUGCAGGAAGUUCACAUUCAUAUCAAUGUUCAUUUCAGUUUAUUUUCCUCUAGAAGUCAUUUAGUGAAAGUCUGAAGACUCAACAGAACAGAUCUGCUGUAUGUCCUCUUUACUGUGACAAUAUGAUCCUGUAAAAUUAUAUAUUUAUUAAACAUUGUUAAAUAACUUCAGUUUAAAUGAUCCUAAAAAUAACAACUUAAAAAAAUGUACGCACAGAAGAUAAAUUGUUUGGUACCUCAGGGUCUCCGUAAUUCCCAAAAAUGUUGGACUGUUCCUUUAACAGAUAUAAAACCUGCAGAGUCUUUAUUAAACUAACACUCUGAUUGGCUGCUGCAGGACCUGAUUAUAAAUAAAGGUUAGGGUUGAAUUGGAUCAUUGGUGUUCAUGUUUUGUAGCUGUAACCUCAGUGUGUGGAUGUAAAUAUCUGGUUUGAAGUUUGUUUGAUUUGAUUUGUGAAUGAAGUCUAGUGAAAAUAAAACCUGUGAUCAUGUGAUCAGAUGAUGUCACUGCAGGACUUUAUCAUUCAGUAAUUAUUGAUAAGGAGGUGAGUAUAGCAGCGUGUACAGGUGAGGUCUGGUUCCUCUCUCAGACCAGUUGGUGGCAGUAAUGCACCAAUUAGUUGUUUGCCAACUGCCAAUAAACAGCAAAGAAGAAAACGAAGACUUAAAAGGAAGAUGAAGAAGAAGAAGAGGAAGAAGAAGAGGGACUCCAGCUGACAGGUCACUGCUUUCGUUACUGAAGUUUUCUGAUAUGAAUACACCUGAAGUCAUAAACUAAACUCUGACAGAACAGUUCUCUGUCUCUGUUUGCUCCAUUCAGCUCAUAGUUUUAACAAAGAGCUCAGCAGAGCCUCCUCACAUAAGUUAGUUAGUUAGUUAGUUAGUUUGUUAGUUAGUUAGUUUGUUAUCUCACAGCAGCAGCAGCAAUAACAUCUAUAUACAAAUAUACAUAUACAAAUAUAUAAACAAACACAAAAAUACAACGUCCCACAGAUAACAGAUCAAUCAGCUGAUCUCAGGUCAGUGUCUUCAGUUAAAGGUGGAUCAGGGUGAUCUGCAUCAGGACCUUCAGACUUUCAGUCUUCAGCUUCAGUUUAUUUCUUGUUUCAGUUGUUGAGCAGAGGAUUUAGUGACAUAAGAAAAUAAAUAUAUAAGAAACACAGUGUUGAUGUUGUCAGGAAACAUGAACUCUGAGCAGC